AUGACUAAUGGGCCGAAGAAAACAAGGAAACUCCUCUUUAUCAAUGACAUCAUUCGGGUCGUAGGCGUUAUCUACUCCUGUCUAUAAAAACGUCUGUGUCUUCAGAUUCUCAACCCGGAGCUGCUAAUUGCCACAAGAGCUCCAGAAUAUGACUCGGUCGUUGGUGAGCACACUUUUUAUCAUCUUUCUUUUUUUUUGCUUUUCAUCAAAAUGUGGUUAUGGUUUUGUUAUCAGUUAUCACUUCCAGUUUUUUUCCCUCAAAAUGUUCGAGUUCUCACCGCUUUUCCCUAUCUGUUUGUCGAAAUAAAUCAAAGAACAAACUUUUGCUUGCGUGCCCCGGGCCCCCAGGCCCCCGCCGCCGCACACGCGCACGUGAUCGUCUAACCUUUGCCACCUCCACUCUUUCCUCGCCAUAGGUGAUCCCGCCCUACCCCUCCCGGUGAGAGAUGGAAAAAGAGGGGGGGGGGGGUCAUUGCGGCUCCGCCCUAUCAGUCAGCUCUCUUGGGGAGGGUCUCAACCCUAUUUACCUGUUCAACAGAUUUCCCGUCCUACUGCAAACAGUUAUUUAUAUAAAGCGAACAGAUUUUGUCAGUCGGAGCAUUCAUUAUAACUUCUGGUUCCCAACUUGUUCAUCACUAUCAUUAUCUGACAAUUAGUCCAGAAGCUUCUAGAAACUUCUAGAAUCUACCGCUAGUUUUCUAAUCUGAUCUUUCUGAUAACAAAAGUGAUUCCUUAUCAUUUAGCUGCUUCCACGUCCAUCCGCUCCUAUUUCGAACUCGUAAAUAGUUCACCAACUUCCACUUCCACUCCCAACCCUUCCAUCCGCCUGCCUCAUUCGCAAUGCGCUCAAAAACAUGUUUGUGUGCUGCUGGCUCUCUCAAUACCGGAUGAUCUUUGAAACUGAGUUCAUUUGCGUGAAAAUUCAGCAAAAAGGAGAGAGACAGAGACAGCGGGCCGCUGAUGAGGGGACCUUAUUUGUGGUGUAUGUGCUGUUGGGCACGCAGCAGCCCACGAGGCCGCAUAAAAAACGACCAGGAGAAAAGCGAGCGGGAGAGUGAGAGAGAGAGAGCAUUUGGUGGUGGGCUCUCUCUUCUUCUUGCUCGCCAUCCUCUCCGUUUUUUUUCUCUCCAACGCUCUUCUGUUCGUUCUUCGUUUUUCUUUCUUCCUGCUUUUUUGUGAGCCGUCCACAACAUUGCGCUGGCCAGUAAUGCCUCAAAAACAUGGGGAAAUUUUAGAGACAACCUCAAAGUAAACAGAUUUUCCUUUUUUUUUGCUGAAGUUGAGCUACCAGGGAAUGCUUUCUAUUCAUUGCCAACCGAACAGAAUCAGUAUCAGUGAUUUUUGAACUUUUAUCUCCAUGCUAACUUGUUUGUGUGUCGAGUUACCUUUCCUAUCUCUUAUCUUACCCGCCAAUUCAUUUUUAUUUCGUUCCUAACCUCCCACCUCAACCUACAUUGAAUAUCGUUGUCUAAUUCGCUGUGUUUUGCAGCAGCAAGCAAUCGGAACACACCAGAUAACCGCAACAUGUUGACCGAUUACUACCGUAACAACAUGCAGCCGUUGGACCAGAACAACCGUCACACCAGCAGCGGUUUCGGACAGAAUGGAUAUGGGUCUUACUCAUCUGAAGGUACAAUAUUCUGGUUUUCAUAGAUAUUAUCCGAUUUUCUAGACAUUUUCACGUCAGAAGCUUAGCUGAUUGUGACUAUUGUACCUCUGCGUCACAGCUUACGUAAAUAUCAGUUGUGCCCAGUUUCUGGCAUAAAAUCCUUAGAAAACUAGCUAGUGACAAUUUAGAAGGAACAGAAUGGGUGUGAGGAAAUAGGUUUCUCAGAAAUAAUACGUCUGCUUUUCAGCCCGAGUCCCUGUGGAUCGCCCACUCUUCAUCAACACCUCGAUGUCGGCGCAGCAGCGAAUAGACAUCUACCGUCAACUGUCGGACCCGCCAAAGGACAAUGAGCCGGCCCUCACAUUUCACUUCCGCAACCUUUAA